CACCAUAAGCUAGAGAGAAAUCGUGAGAGAGAGCUCUCUGAAAUCUCCGGUGAAGUGACGGCCGCUCCUGAAGCUGACUGUAGAGAUGCCUUCGCGACACACUAGACUUUCAGGCAGACGACUGUGGGGUUUUCCGUCAAACGCUGGACCAAGCAACAUGUACGGGAAUAGUGGUGAUAGUUCUGACGAUUCUGUGAUUCCGUCGGAACAUGUGAGACGGAUGUUGGAAGGAUCGGAAUCGGAAUCUUUCAUGGCUACGAGUCCUUCGGUGACUUCGGUUGAAUCCAUUUCUACGAGGGAGAUGGUAGAGUCUGACGAAGUUGUGCCUCUAGUGGAUUUGGGAGGAAACCUUGGAAGUGUUCCGGUCUCGGAUUUUGUGAUUUAUGAGCCGAUGUGGGAAGGCCCCGAUGGAGUUUUGUAUGAGUUCAAUUCCGAUGACUCGUGGCAGCCAGGAGUUCACGCGAAUCCGUACUAUUAUCCUCCGUCGCCGGAUAGCUUGUUGACGUUGGAUUCUUUCAGCUCAAUGUCCUUAGGGACAGACUUUGGUGUUUCUGAUACACCUUCGGAAGAUAAUGCUUCACGCGAUUCUGAUAGUAUUGUGUUUUUACCGACGGAAUAUGGGAUUCCAAGGCAAGUUUUGGCUUACAACAUGGUGCCACCAAGUGAAGUAUUCGCUACACCGCCUGGUCCGCCGUCUCCGGAUUUUGUUGAGCUAUCAUUGGAUGAUGAGUUAGCUGAUGCUGAAGAAUCGGGAACGGAGUUGCCAAUCCCUAACUUCGUAAAGGCUGAAUCGCUUAGGAUGUCUACCCCGCCAAGAAGGUUUGCGACCCGAACUUGGUAUCCUGAAGUACCAGACGCAAUGGCCGAUUGCGAGACUUUUUUCGCUACUCCUCCGCAUGUUGAAAAACUUGGAGUGUUGUUUCCUCCGAACGAAACGCUUUACGAGCCAACUCUUGGUUCAAGUUCCUUGGAUGCUAUGAUCCAGAACAUGAUUGCUGCGGGUACCCUUGGUGUUGAACCGAUCCGACCACCCGAAGGUAUGCCCGUUUGGAGCGAAAGGAUGAGGAGAUCCGCGGAUGGAACCAUUGUGACUGAGUUGGAGCGUGAGGAUGGACGUAGGUCUGAACCUUAUAGUGUGACGCCGUUUUGCUUCACUUGCGGCCAAGAUGGCCAUUAUCCGAGAACUUGUCCUUAUGUUCGUCACUACCAUCCCUAUGCUCGCCCGUACGUUGUCUGUUUCGAGUGUGGUGAUGAGGGUCACUAUGCGAGCAUUUGUCCCAGGAAGUAUCCCGAGAAUCCCGGUCCAUCAAGCCCAAGUCCAAGUGCGUCCGCAAGGAAGUCGAAGGAAAGCCUUAGUACUUACUAGGAUUUUCCCUAAACCUUCAACAGUUAAGUCCGACGAGGUAAGUAAGGGCUCUAACCCAUUGUAUGAUUUCGUGUUACAUGUUAGCAUCAUUUGCAUUUAGUUGUUUUUCUUUUUCGGCUUGUAACCGCUUUGGUGGAGCGUAUGACUAAGUGUUUAGCGGUCGUAAUCCGCGGUUGUAAUGAAAGGGUAUGCUUAAA